AUGGCAUCUUCUACUAUUCAGACGGCGCCCGUCAUUCAAUUGAAGGGAGAGACUGAUCCCAAGGAUAUUACCUAUGCCUUCUUAAGAAGCAAGGUCCCCGCCCACUGCUUUGAGCGUUCGGCCAUCAAGUCAUUCUCCUACCUCGUCCGGGAUAUCAUCUAUGCAUCCAUUCUCGUAUGGCUGGCCCUCAAGAUCGACCUUCUGCCUACACCGUUGAUGCGCGCCUCGGCAUGGAUUCUCUAUACUUUUGUGCAAGGCUGCGUGGGAACUGGAAUGUGGAUCAUCGGCCACGAAUGUGGUCACGGCUCCUUCUCUGAGUACACCAGACUCAAUGAUGUUGUUGGCUGGGCUAUCCACUCUCUCCUGAUGGUCCCUUACUUCUCCUGGAAGAUCACCCACGCCAGACACCACCGUUACCACGGCCACAUUGAUAAGGAUGUUGUCUUCGUUCCUGCGACUGAGGAUGAGGUCAAGGCACAGAAGCCUACUAUGUUCAGCAAGUUCAUCGAGCUGGUUGAUGAGACUCCUCUCUACCACGCUGUUGCUCUUCUCGGCCACCAGGUUUUGGGAUGGCAAUUGUACAUGCUGUUCAAUGUCAGUGCUGGAAACAAGAGUCUCCCGAACAAGGGAACUGCUCCCAAGAUGUUCCGUAACAGCCACGUCGACCCCACGGGCUCCCUUUUCACCAACGCGCAGACUCACCUGAUUGCGAUCACUGAUUUGGGUCUUCUCAUCGUUGCCGGUGCGCUUUACUACCUGGCCACCCAGAUCGGCGCCUGGAAGGUCGUCCUGCUUUACGUCGUGCCCUACUUCUGGGUCCACCACUGGCUCGUCGCCAUCACUUACUUGCACCACACUCACCCCACUGUCCCCCACUACGACGAGAACAACUGGACCUUCGUCAAGGGCGCCCUGGGCACAGUCGACCGCCGCUUCGGUUUCAUUGGUCGCCACUUCUUCCACGAGAUCAUCGACUACCACGUCAUUCACCACCUGUUCAACAAAAUCCCCUUUUACCACGCUGAGGAGGCCACCAACGCCAUCGUGCCCUACCUCGGAGACCAGUACCGUAUCGAAGAGGGCUCCUUCCUGAAGGAUCUGGUCAACACCUUCACCACCUGCAAGACCAAGUACAACCCCGACUCCAAUGGAGAGUUGCACUGGAAGUUUGCCCAGGAUGCCGAAAAGAAGGCCAACUAG